AAAUCACGUGUGCAGAUUCCAGCCGCAAUCCACCUGCGCGAGCGAGCUGGUGGACUUCUGAUGCUGCGCGAGACUGGCGAAAGGAGUGAACACGAAACAUCACAAGUCGGGGGGAAAAGUUGUUUUUAUACCCACACCGGUUACUAAAAUGUGGCUUAAAAGCAGAGGAAUGGAUUUGAGGACGUCCUGCCUUUGUUUAUUCAAUGUUAUUCUCCUCGCAGGCCUAGCCUAUGGACUACAGAUCACUUCCACUGGCCCCACAUCCAUUGAGAAAGCCAGUGGACAGACUGUGAAGCUGGACUGUCAGUAUACUCUCGCUGCUGAGGAUUCUGGGCCUCUGGACAUUGAGUGGAGCCUGCAGCCCUCUGACAACCAGAAAAAAGAGGAAGUGGUGAUUGUGUACUCGGGUGACAGGGCCUUUGAACACUACUAUGAACCUCUAAAAGGAAGAGUCCACUUCAACUCCCCUGACCCUAAAAACGGUGAUGCCUCCAUGAACAUCAUGGGUCUGAAAGCCACAGACACAGGAACCUAUCAGUGCAAGGUGAAGAAGGUUCCUGGUAUCAGCAGCAGGAAGUUCCUCCUAACAGUCAUGGUGCGCCCCUCUAAACCCAGAUGUUAUGCAGAGGGUCAGACUCAUGCAGGGAAAGAUAUGGUGUUGAGGUGUAGCUCUGUGGAGGGCACACAACCACUGCAGUACAUUUGGGAAAGAACCACAGGCAAUAAACUGCUGCCGCCCCUGGCAGUGCUGGAUCCAGUCGGGGGCACCAUGAGUCUGAGGAACGCGACUGAGGUAGCUUCAGGAACAUACAAAUGCAUUGCUAAAAACCGUGUUGGAACAGAAGAGUGUUUGGUGGAGGUCAACAUCACACAACCCCCAAACACAGCUGGCGUCAUCGCAGGUGUAGUAAUCUGCAUUGUGCUGGUUCUCAUUCUUCUCGCCCUCCUCCUCUUCUGCUGCUGCCGUGCCCGUAACAAGAAGAAGUACGAGAAGGAGAUUGCCUAUGAGAUCAGAGAGGAUGUACCCCCUCCAAAGAGUCGUGUUUCCACCGCACGCAGUUUCACCAGCGUGGGCAGCCAGCGUUCCUCGCUGGGCUCCAUGUCUCCCUCCAACCUGCAUGAGUACACCAAGCCCCAAUAUGACAAGAUACCCUCUGAAGAGUACGUGAGGCCACCUAGUCACGCCCCUAUUCCCCCACCCAGCAGAAUGGCCGGCCCCAACCUCAGCCGCAUGGGGGCCAUCCCUGUCAUGGUCCCUGCCCAGAACAGGGAUGGGUCCAUUGUGUAAAUCUGAACUGGGAUCAUUCUCCACACAAUUUAGACUGUCACUAUUCUAUUCAUUGUUCUAGCGGAAUUUGUGAAGAAGCAAAUGAAGGUUUCUGCAGAGAGUCAAACUCAGCUGUACCAUCUCUCAUAAUACAAUUUGACUCACAGAACUUCAACAAACAUUAACAAAAAACUUUAUUAAAUAGGAUGCGGAAAGGUGAUUGAUUCACCUGCUUCUGUUUUGUCAAUAAUGCAAUGCAUGAUGUUCUUUUUUCUUUUUUU